AUGUCGUCCCGCGGCCCGCCCUCCUGGCUCUUUUCCAACAACACCGACAACGACAAGAAGAAACAGCAGCAGUCGAGCGCUGCAGACACCAAUCCACAGAGCAGCAAAUCGAAGAAGCUCGCGAAACCCGCCGACAAGAUGGGCAAGAAGAGCACCACCAAGGCGGCGGCCCCCGCCAAGAAGGAGGCUCCCGCCGCCGCCGCCGCCUCGACAUCCCAGCAGGCCCCGGACCAGCUGAUGGACAUGGUCGGGGAUUUCCUCGCCGAGAACUCCUUCACCAAGGCGCACACCGCGUUCAUGAAGCAGCGCGGCCUCAGCGCCGAGGGCCUCAAGGGCGGCGACCAGAAGCUGCUGGACGUGUACAGCGCGUGGGACAAGGCCAGGGCCAAGGGCGUGACCAAGACCAAGAAGACGGGCGCCUCCGAUAGCUCCAGCGACGAUUCCAGUUCGGACGAGAGCUCCAGCUCGAGCGAUAGUGAUAGCUCGUCCUCGGAGGACAGUGAGAGCGACAGUUCCUCCUCCGACGAUAGCGACAGCGAGAGCGAGAGCGACAAGGAGAAGGAGACGGCCAAGAAGCCCGCCGCCAGCCUGAAGCGCAAGGCCCCCGCCAGCUCCUCCUCCGACUCCUCCUCUUCCGACUCAAGCUCCUCUUCCGACUCCAGCUCCGACUCUGACUCCGACAAGGCCAGCAAGCCCAAGACCAAGAAGCAAAAGACGGCCGCCGCCAAGUCUGACAGCUCCGACUCGGACAGCUCGUCCGAGGAAGAGAAGAUGGACGUGGACAGCGACUCGUCCAGCUCGAGCUCAGACUCUGACUCUGACUCCGACUCCAGCGACAGCGACUCGGACGAGUCUGCCGUCGUCAAGGCAGAGGUCGCCGCCAAGGUGGCGCUCCCCGAGUCCGACUCCGACUCCAGCUCCAGCUCGUCCGACUCGUCCGACUCGUCCGACUCAGAGGACGACAAGAAGGCCAAGAAGGCCAACAAGUCCACCAAGCUCGUCAAGGUCGUCAGCAAGACCCUCUCCGACUCGUCCGUCACCCUGGACAGCAACUCACCCGAGCCCACCAAGGCAUCCACCACCAACCCUCCCCUGCCGCCGGACCCCGUCCUCAACGGCAACGGCAGCAGCAGCAACAGCACCAACGGCACCACCAACGGCCGCAAGAAGCAAAACGAGCGCUUCUCCCGCAUCCCCAAGAACAUCCAGGUCGACUCGCGCUUCGCCUCCAACGACUACGUCUCCAUGGACUACUCGCAGCGCGCGCACGAGGGCCUCAUCGUCACAAAGGGCAAGGGCUUCACCAAGGAGAAGAACAAGAUGAAGCGCGGCAGCUUCAAGGGCGGCAUGAUUGACAUAAAUGACAAGAAGGGCAUCUACUUUGACGAUUAA